UAGGCGCGGCGCACAUGCAUAUCUUUCCACCCAAAGACACCGACUGCUGUAGGACUCGCAGAACUUUCAUCACUCUUGGACUAAGACGCAUAUCAAAACUGAAUGGAAACUAAUAAGCUACAAUUGGAUACUAUUAAGUUUAAGGUUAUCAAAUAUCAGAGGGAUAGUUUGUUGAAUUCUUUUGUUGUUUUAUGAGUAGUUCAUGUGCGUGGUUGCUUUAAGAUAAGAGGGUCAGACUUUCCAUCUCUUUCGAUGUUUUAGUGAUAUAGCUGUGGAACAACGUUCUCUUUUCUAUGGACUUAUCGUAAGACUGUGAUAGACACCUUGGACCAAUCAUGAAAACCUUUAUUGUGAUACUAUGUUCAGGAUUACUAAUCCUUAACUCAUUACAAGUAAUAUCAUCAGAAGAUCCGACAGAAGCCACAACAGCUACCUCUGAAGAAACAACCAUUCUCUCUGCGACAACAUCUGCUUCUCUCAGCGCGGUUACAACAGGCGUUGCACAAGAUGAAACAACAAUUCCACCAGAAACCACAACAUUAGCAGAUAGCGAUACAACUAUAGCAGCUGUUGCAACAACACCAGCUGUUACAGCUGCAGAAACAACUGUUUUAGCAGAAGGUACUACAGUAGCAGAAGUGCCAACGACUGCUGCUGCUGACAUGGCAACCACUCCUGCUACAGUUGCUGAGACAGCAGCUGCAGUUGAUGAGAUUACAACUGUAGAUGCUGAAACAACAGCUACAGUUGCCGAGGUAACCACUGUAGAUGCUGAGACAACAGCUACAAUUACCAAGGUAACCACUGUAGUUGCUGAGACAACAGCUACAGUUGCCGAGGUAACCACUGUAGUUGCUGAGACAACAGCUACAGUUGCCGAGGUAACCACUGCAGUUGCUGAGAAAACAGCUUCAGUUGCCGAGGAAACCACUGUAGUUGCUGAGACGACAGCCACUGAAGGUGCAGUGACUACAGUUGCUGUAGUUGUUGAGACUACUGCUGCGCCUGUGAUAGAGACUACUGUUGCCACUACGGUGGCUGGCACUGCAGAGACUGCUGGAGCAGCAGAAACAUCGACGUUAAGCGCUGGCAGUGAUGAUGCAACCACUAUCGCUGCAGCAACUACUGCAGCAGCCGCAGAGGUUCCAAGUACAGCAGCCGUAGAAGCAGCCACAACUCAAGCUGCAGAGGGUGGGGCAGCAGUGACAACAGUCACAGCAGACGGUAAUGCACCUGCAGCUACAACCGCUCCAGCGGGGAUAACCCCCGCACCAGUUGGGUUGACUACGCUGGCAGGAGUGGUUGCCACCACCACACAGGACACUGCUGGGGCAGUUACUACCACUGCAGCUUCUCAAGCAACAACACAACCAGCAGAUCCUUGUACUCCGGGAGGCUACAAGCUUAUCUCAGAAGCCAAUCGCCACUUCUCGAGCGAGACAGCCCCCUCCUGUGACCGCUCCUUGCAAGAAGGAUGGUACAGGUUCAUGUUAGACGGCAAAAAUGCACAAAUUACUGACCAAUGUAUAAAGGAAGGUGCAUGUGGCUCUCAAUAUCCAAUGAGGAUUGACCUUGGUGGCAAGACAAUGCCCAAGGAGGGAUCUGAGCUGAAGGUAGAAGCUUGCACGGUUGGAAAGGGGCCAUUUGGAUCCAUCGAGUGUUGCCUCGCUCGUGUCAAUGUCAUUAUCAAGGGAUGCACUGGAUUCCAUGUCUACAAACUGCAGCCGACACCUCACUGUCAGGCAAUCUAUUGUGUACAAUAUGUUGAUGAGGCAAUUCCAAGAUCGCACCAGGCCAUCCCACCACCUCCAGUUAACAGAGAGCUCAAGGAACUCAGUUCAGAGGAGCGGUCAAAUGCUGUCACGUUUGAGGCAGAUAUGGGAGGGAAACCAUUUGACCAGGACAAAUUUUCUACAGAUUUUAAAGAAAUCUUGAUAGCUGUUCUCAACAACCCAGAUCCUCCAGCCACAACUGUAGCUGCAGGGACAAACGUGCCAGCAACAACCAUCGCUGGAGCACCGGUGACAACUGCUGUGGCAACACCCGCAGCUGAACCUGCAGCUGCAACAACAAUAGCUGCAGCUGCUGUAACAACAGCUGCAGCUGCUGUAACAACUGUUGUGGCUGCUGUAGCAGAAACUACUGUGGCUGCUGCUGCUGUGACUACAACAGCUGCAGCAUCUGCUGGACGAAGAAGAAGAAGAAAGAGAUCGGUGAAGUAUGGCACUGACAAUGUGGUCUUUGUCGCCCCAACACCCCAUGUGCUACCAGAUGGUAAAGUGGAAGUUGUAUUCUUUGUGAAGAGUUCAGUUGAUGGAAAACCAGUGGUUGUCUCUAAGGAGGACCUUAUGAAACUCCAAGAACAAAUCAAGAGGGAAGUGGCUUCAAAGAUGGGUGUCAAUAUUGUCAAAGUUACUCCUGGGGUUCCGCCUUACAUCCUCGACGCAGAGGCGAGUGAAAGCCGUGGUGGAGAAUCCAAUAUCUUCAUGGAUCAUCUCGGAUUGUUCGUGACCAUGAUCGUCGUUGCUUGUAUCUGUAUAAUCGUCAUAAUCGUUGGGUUGAUACUGCUGAAGAAAUGCCGCAAUGAUGAAUAUUAUGUGAGGUCAAGUGUCCAUGAUAAGGACACGCUGAAGAUGGAGGAGGGAAAGAAGGGGAAGAAGCAGGCGAUGGAGAGCCCGCUUACCGAUGAGGAGAUCAUGAAGGACGAGAAGCCAAUGUUAGAGACCACGCCCUCUAUCAACGGACAUGGCAAAAAUAUGAAUAAACCUGACGAUGAUGGCUGGGUGGUGCCGUAUGAAGAGCUGACCAAAGACCAGAGAGAGCAGCUCGAGGUAGAGGAUACCAAGUUAUAGGACUUUGGAACAUUUUAAGCACAAAGAUUUGGGAAUAUUUUGUGUGGGAUAUAUUAAGAUAUACAGAAAUGGGACUUUUCAAGGCCCAUGCAAACAUUGUAACAAUAUCAACUGCUGAUGAUGUCGAAAAUGCACAACCUCAUCGCCAGUACAGAGUGUACAGUGUCCAGUACACUGGAGGCCUCAUUUCAAGUCAUGGUUGAGCUCUCCGAUAAUUGAGAAAUGUGAAAAUUAGGAAAUGUAAGGAACAUGUGUGACGAAUACAAUGUAGUAUGUAGUAUUGUACUGUAGUGAAGCAUGUGUUGUAACACCUACCAAUUCACUGUGGUUAAUUGAAGAUUAGGGCUGGUGUUGGGGGGUUGACAUUGAAUACAUCCUUUCAAAUGAACUGUAUUCAGUUUUCUGAUGACAGCUGAUAUUUUCCAAUGACUUAAGGACUAUGGUUACCUUUAUGAGGAAAAAGUGUAAACAUUUGUUUGUUUGUGUUAUCUGUUGGAUGGGAAGCAUUUGGUCACUAAUCCAAGGUAUAGCAAACAGUGGGGUGAACAUUUUGGAUUUGAUUAGAAUUGUCUGCCCCAGAUAAAAACAAAGAUGGACAACUGGUACCCCAUUGACCUCAGUGUCAUGAACAGACCUUUGGAAUUGACCUUAUACUGGUGACAUUAGAAUUUCUAUACUUCUUUGUAUAUUGGCUUCAUGUAUCUCUUGCCCAAACGAAUCUAUGUACAUAAUAUACAUGCAAUGUUGUGUAGUGUAAAGGAUUAUAAGAUGAAUCUCACUUGGGUUUUUCAAUGUUAUAAACAUAAACACCCUUUCUGUAUUGGGUAGACAUCGGUAUAAUCAACACUGAACACCAAUUGGUGACACCACUGAAAUCAUAUAACACUGAUAUUUCAGGUUAUGCAUAGCAGUCAAAUAACCCUUGCACCCAUGCUUAUUGUAUCAUAAAGCUUGCCUUAUCUUUUUGGGAUUUUGGACAACUGUUGAAUAAAUUACAUGUAUGUGGUUUGAUCUUAGCUAAACUUAAUGUUUUCUCAACACCCUAUUGUAACUUUUGUGAGGAUCAUUUGUUCUGGCGUUUCACUGAACAUUUCCGUUUACAAACACUCAAACAUACCUUGGAUAUCAUCACAACCACAUUGUUUUAUUGGUUGCUUGAUAUGAGGUAUUAACACCGCAAAAUUAGUCUUAUUUUGGCGUUGAUCUUUACGAAGUGAGUCUGAACAUUCGGACCCUAUCAGCAAUCUUGCCAAACCCAUAUAAUGUCUGGUUUAUUGUUCCUUAUUCCUAGCUGUCAUCGUACUUGUAUAUAACAUUCACCUCAUACCUGAAUAGCCAUUGUGUUACAAUUCAAAUCUUAUAUGACAUGGAGUAAAUAAA